AGCGCAGCGUUGUGGUGGAGGUUGUUUAUGUGGAGUGCUGGGUUAGGGUUCCGCCCACUGAGGUAUCUCUGAUCGCAGGGCAGACAGGCAGAGAGUGUAAAAUGGCGCACAGCUGUCGGUGGCGGUUCCCCGCUCGGCCCGGAGGGAGCAGCAACUCCGGUACCGGGAGGAGAGCGGGCCGUAUCAGGGUUACUGCCUCUCUGCAGAAUGUCUCCGGAGCCCACCCUAUCGCAGCUGGGCUCGGACCCGGGUUUGAUGCUGCACUACAGGUCUCCUCGGUUAUCGGGAGCAACCUGCAGAAAUUUCGGGAUGUUUUGGGGGAAUCGAGUGACUCGAGCAGCGGGGAGGUAAGCACAGGACCGGAGCAUCAGUGGGACAGCUGGAGGGUCUACUUAGGGAGCCGUUUGACGCCGUUACCGUAAGCUAACGGUUCCUCUGAGCACAGACACUGACCAUCUUUUUCUACUAACGUUAAGUGAGCAAACUUGUCAUUUCAAGGAUGCUCAGUUAACUUUGAGUUGUGGCCUUAAACUCUCCUCUUAUAUGUUAUAACCUGAGCUAGAAACACCACACACACACAAACACCAAAUGGUCGUUGGAUUUAUGGUUUCAGCAUUCCUGCUUGAAACAAAGUUUUCUCACCCCGGUGGUGUGUGUGGAGAGGUUAACAUUAAACCCAACAGUUUAGACAAACUGGUGAUAACGGUAGUCUGCUAAAUAAGACCAAAACACCUAGGUUAAAUCCUGCUAUUAUUAAACUUGUAACUCUCUGAAACACUGAACUCAAAGCACAUGUGCUGGCUCCAACAUACACUGUAACCAAGAUAUUACUACUGCUUUACUAUUUAGCUACUUGACAUUAGCUUGAUGUGGAGCCUUCGAGGCUAUACGUGUUGCCUUCAGGAUCAUGUUCAAUACAGUAAAAGUUGUGGUACAAUUCCAACAUGAACAUUAUUUCUGCUUCUGUUGAGAAGUGUUCAAAUAUAUGUUUAUUAUCACGGCGUUUCUUAGCUGUGCAAUAUAGCCUGGGACCUCCGUGGUAGCAUGUUGUGUCUGAAAACAAGGCAUGUUAACUUGAAGGAGGCGAGUGUACAUAAUUGUGGUUUGUAACUGGUUAGCGUAAACUUAGCGUCUCACUGACGGAAAGCUCUGCUCCUCAUGCACUUUACCCGUUUACACAUUUAUAACAGAUACGUCCUGAAAGCGAAUUAGCCAAGUAUUGAGAGUGUGACUAUCUCCAGUGAAGUGUCAAGCUCGUAGCGAGGCUCGGCUAACGUAGCUGAUUGGUUAGCUCGCAGGCUAGCUGUCUACAUCUCCCAGCUAAAGCACCACAAUGUUCCUGCCGUCAAUGAUGGUAAAGUUGAAUAUUGCUCUGGAGGUGGUUGCUUCGCCUCCGGACAGCAUGUACCAGUGUAGCGGGAUAAAGUACGGCAGCCAAAGUUGGCAAAGCUCAUGCACAAAACAAAAUAAUUUUCAUUGCUGUUUACUGUUGAACUAGGACAGCUACCAUGCUACGCACUACGCCACGCUAGCCAUCGGGUCUAUUGCUGAUGCAUAGGAAAAUGGGAGGUGGACAUGUUUUCCCUUCUCUACACAGCCAGUACGUAGCUAGUACCAACAUAAUAGCGGGUUAAUAAUGCUCGAAGAGGACGUCUGAUCCACAGCCACACACUUUAAAUCAUCCUAUCCUGUGUUGAAAGUGCUGAUCAGAGUAUUUCGGUGGGAUUUGGUGUCUGUAUUUGCCUGACUUGCUAGUGACAGUGCGCAUGCAGGGCUGGCUACAAUAACAACGAGCCCCUUCUUGACGAACCGUGUGAUGUGGGGGUGUGUUCGCCUUAGCGAACUACCAUCUUCCUCCUUCAUGAUGAGCAGCAUGCGUUCAUUGCAGUGGGAGUACACUGUGUGGGGAUGUUUACCACCAGUUCCAGUGAUCUCAGCCUCUGAAAGGACGGACGGACUGCGUAUUUGGUUUAAGCACAGCAGAAUCUGAAUUACGAGUAUACUUGAUACUUAUACUUGUAUCAAGUGUACUUGAAUUUUAUACAGUUUUGCAAGCGUGCUUAAAAUAGUUCAUAACAAACAGUUGAGGUCAUACUUUGUUGAACAGUGAAAAUAUUUGAUGAUGGUCGUAUUUUUUUUUUAUUAUUAUUUGUAUUUUAGGUCGUUUUUUAAAAGAAAGCCUGAUAAUAUCUUGAAGUAUUGCAGCAUUUUGAAUGUGUAUGGAAGGACUUAUUACACUGUAGAUGGUGAUAGGACAUGGUGAUUUUUUAACAGAAAGUUUCAGGUAAACAAAAACAUACUUGAAAUAUCACAGUGUGUUAAGGUUGCCUAGGGGUCUCUUCCACUCGCUCUUUGACAGACAGUAAUAAGUGUUGAGAUGUGGUUCCUAUUGCAUACCCAAAUAUCUGAAGGUUGCAGACAUGAUUAAAGUAUUUUCUUUCAUUUCAUUGUAUUCCUGGGAAAAAAAAUAAUUGAAUGCCCCCUGUAAGAUUUGGUGGGCAGCAUCAUCCUCUGAGGCAGAUGGCUGCUUGAAUAAGGGGAGUCCUGUCUUUUCACUGAAUGAGCAAUAUUUGGGAUGUGUUCAGGCCGGCUCGACCCUUGAAAUCCCCACGGAACCUGAAGCCUAUGGAAGUUGCGGACACAGCAUGGUAGUUUCAUUGAGAAGCAGCGUAGUGUCUGUCUGGCCAGAGCAGGGCAGGAUUGUUCAGGCUGACUGCAGCCUGCUGAGCUUAUGGGGCGACCCUGAACAGGGCGCCAGCCGGACACUUGGCCACCCCUCCUUCCUCCUUCCAGGCAGAAAGACCCAAAUCCACUUCAGACACACACAACACCGUCUGAGAGGCAGAGCAACUUUUCUUCUGACAGCUGCCACUUUGGAAUGGAUUACUAAGCCUAUUGGGAUGGCUCAAAAGGGUGCUUGUUGGCCGUUGCAAGCCAAAUGAAGGCAUUUGUUACCUUUUGUGUGUGUGGAGAAUACAUUUUCUUGAUUCAAACCAAAUUGUCGUUGCUUAUUUUGGUCACGGGUGCAGUCCAUGUCAACUUUUUGUAGAUGAUUGAUCUUAUCACCUGUAAUCUCACUUUCCAUCUUAAUCAAUUUUGUAUAAUUUUCUAUUUUUAUUCUUGGUACAUUAUCUUAUUACCAGUGUUUAAUUAUUCUUUCAAAAGUGCAGCUGAAUAGAUGUAUCAACCCAAAUGUCUCUUUGCCUCACUGGUUUGAGAGAAACAGCGUGUUAGAGCGGAAGGGGCUCCAGUCCAGCAGGUGUUUGGCCUAUUUAAAUAGAAGAGCCCCCCCUUCGCCCGCUUACCCAUCCCCGAGACAGCGUGUGGAUUGGAGCAGGAAGCUUUGUGUCUGCUUUUAUUCUAGCUCUCACAAAGUGCGGGCGGCUGAAAGAGCACAGGCAGGGAUAUCAAAGGGUGCAGGGUGAUCCCCCCCUUCCUCCCAAUGGGACAACGCUGGGAGGAGAAUUAGUCACAGACCCUCCCAUCCAUGGCUUUAUUCUGCUACAGCAGAAUGCUCUCUGAGUGGCUUGACUGGGAGGAAGGCGGCUGUUGAGUUGUCUUUCUUACUCUUUGUGUGUUUGUGUGUGUGUGUGUAUGUGUGGUGUUAGGGUUAGGGGUGUCCCUCAGACUUUAUGGCACUUAUUGCUCUCAGAAGUAGGCGUUUCUUCUUUGUCUUUAUUUUGAUUAGAACUUCAGUUUAUGUGGUUAGGUAAAGGAGGGUGUGUGUGUGUGUAUCUGUUGGUUUCUGCCAGCUUGUUUGUUUGUGUGUCCAAGAUGUCGUGUGUUUGGGAGGGCAAGAGAGACACCUCGCGCACGUGCCAAUCACUCUGUUUGUCUUUGUCCAUAGUCUUUCUCCCACUCCUUACAUGGCGAGACUCCUCACCCCACAAAGUGUUUGUUUUGGUCCCUGAGUUGUUGAGCAAAUGUGGAACAGUUGCAUUUAGUGCUGAGACACUUGAAAAAACAAAUGCCUACCUUUUGCUGGGGGCUGACAGGGGUCACAAAGCAACAUGGCUGUGUAAUUCACUCUCUCUUUCUCUGUAUUAGUCUGUCAUGAUACUUUGUACACUUAUUUGUAUUUGCUGUGAUUCCUCUCUGGUUCAUUUAACAGAUGUGUCAUCAGAGGGGGCUUAUGGGAGUAUGAGCUCAUCACUAAUUUACAUUCCAGGAAGGGAUGAGGCAUGAGUGUCUGUACAGUAUAUUCAAGACUAAAGCUUUCUGAAGUGUUGUUUUUUGAAGGAUAAAGAGGAAUAACUUCUUCAAAGGUGUCUACAAGUAUCAAACUGAUGAACCAAGAAUCUUGCACAAAUAUUUCCACCAGUCUGAGUCAAAUUCUUGUCUCCUCUUCCUACUCAUUAAUUGUAUUGAUGCUUUUCUACCUUAGAAAUGCUCACAUCUGACCUCAAACUUAUUUGAUUAUUGUUCUUAAUGUAAAAUAAGGAUGCUCCAAAGUGCUUGUUCUACACAUGAAAUGAAAAUUUGAAUUUCCAACUAACUGACUGGUCUAUGGGUAAGAAAACACUCAAGUUGUUAUAUACCACCUUAAAGGGAUAUUCCGGUGAAACAUUGAUUUAGGGUCAAACACACCAUAACAUCGAGUUAGACACCCCGUCGAGAGAUGAAUGUUGUCGACAGCUUGCUUCUCUAGUUAUACCAACUUUACUAACGACCGCACGAUAGCAAUACACAGCGGUCUGAGGAGCCAUAAACAAACCUCAACCAAAACGUCACUCUAUAGCCGCAAUUAAUGCUAAGAGCAGCAUCUAACUUUAUCAACAGUACAUAUAGGGUCCCAGCCAUAGUACUAGCCACCAAACAUCUUUUUAACUUUUCCUAAUUUCUUUAGCAAAGAGACUAAACACAACUCACCUACUCUCCUCCAGCAGUCACUUGUUUGUAGUGAGACCUUGGGCCAGUCCAUUACGGACUACAGCGGGGUGACGCAGCUCAAGGAAGAACAUUUAUGAUCAUUUCUUCAUGGAAAUGCAAUCAGACUAAGGCAGAAGAACUACCAUGUCUGCAGUGCAAAAUGAUAAAUAUGAUGAUUAUUUCUUCAAGGAAAUGAUAAAGUAAUGAUCAUAAAUCAUUCAUUCAUAAUAAAACAUUCAUCUCUUGAGGGGGUGUCUAACUCUGUGUCACGGUGUGUUUGACCCUAAAUUAAUUUUAAGCUGGAAAAUCCCUUUAACCAGACACAACUUUGCUAGUGAAUGCAGAGCUUUAUAGCUGUGCUAGUAACCAGUUUUCCAGCUUCAGAUCCGUCUAGUGAUCGCUGGCAGAGCCACCGCUUAAACUCCAAACAUGAUUUGCAAAAAAAGUCUUGAUCUGUUCAGCUGGUGCUGUUUAGCGAGGGUAACAGUAUUUAAUCAUUCAGUUGAAUUAACGUGGACAUGAACACAUAUGAUGCACAUUUUUUGAGGUUAGUGUUUCUGCCAUACUUUCAUACUAUUUUUUUUUCUAUCAACAAAGGUUUAGGAAGUUGAGUAACUCAAGGAAAUUCAAACUUUACCCUCACUAGAUAAGCUUUUUACAUGACUGUAAUAUAAAAACAACUCAAAGAUCUUUUGAGUGCAUCACAUUUGACAAAGUAGGUACAACUGAAAACAGUUGACCUAACACUGAAAAAUAUGAGCAAAUGCUGUUCAUCAAAGCUUAAAUUUGAUCAUAAAAAGAUCAAAUAAUAUUAGUGUUACUGGUUAACAGUAGUCCAGGUACAUUAAAUGUUAUUUGAUCUAGCUAGGCUCGUCUGGAAAACUGAAUGUCAAAGUUUGAACAAGUCUUUGAAUAACAAAAUCAUGUCUUAAUGUUGGUAAAAUGAUGCCUUUAUAGGUGCCAUUAUAUGUUUUUUGUCAAGGUUAGCAGCACUAGCUUCCAUUGAGAGAUCAGGGCUGAACCAUUAGUAUGACUUGAUACAGUCAUAUGCUUCCUAACCUACAUAGCAUUACUUUUUGCGGUGGUGUAUGAACAUCUCACUGCCUCCUUGAUGUUGCUAGAUAAUGCAAAAAGCUGCUUUAUCUGCUAACAUACUGUACUGAUGGUUAGACUUGAUCUUCAUCAGUCUCAGUCUGGGAUUACAUGAUCAAGCAAAGAGGUGUUUCAGAAAGCGUCCUGUUAACCGCAGAAAUGAAUUAUUCUGGAUCAAAACCUGGUUUAUCUCCUGCCAGGGAAACUAGUUUCCAAUCUGCAGCCCAUCAUCUUUAUCAAGUGUGAUGCCUUUAAACACUGCUUUGUAAGACAGUCCCAUUUCCUUACUUGAGCUGCAAAAAUGCGGUCAAAAUGACUGAGAGACUUUUACCUCAAACCAAAAAUAUAUCUGUUUCAUAACUGGCAGGGACAGUCCCUCGCAACUCCUGCAAAUGAUAAUGUCAUUUUAGAAAUGAAUCAGAUCAGCUUCGUUAUCUGUGUCACUGGAUGUUUUUUGUCAAGCCAUCCUGACAUUGAUCAGUUCAGAUAAGAUGUGACAGACCAGCGGGGAGUAAAACUGCUCAUGUUUUCACGGUGUGAGUGACAGUGAAAGCCAGACUAGAUGAAGAACAGAAGCGGGUCUGUUCAAAAACACUCUUGUGCUCUCCUCAGCUGGAGAACUCUGAAAGAGAGCAGACUUCAGCAGAGUAGCAGGAACCUUUUUUAUCCCCUGCAUGUCGUAAUGCAACCUUACCUUUCUAGUCUACUACAGUGUUUGUUUACUUCUUGAAGUCACCUCUCUGUGCCUGUUCUACUACUGAGCUCAUGGCAAGCCUUGUGUAUCACACGCUGCUCCGUGCUCGGUAGCUAGUGGGUGGGAAGCAAGCAAGAGAGAGCAAUGAGUGAGCGACUGAAUAUGUGUUUGGGAGCAUGGCAGUGAACAGGAAUACGGGGGAGAAAAAAAAGCGUGCGUGGGGAGGGAUGGGGGGUGUAUGUGGGAGGCCUGUUUAGAUUGAGAUUGUGCAAGCUUCUGCAUGAGCAUGUUGAAAACCAAAAGCCCUUUCAUCCUGUAACUCCCUGGAGACAUCUGUGCCCCCCCUGUUGUUGAUGGUGCAUGUGGUCAAGAUGCUGCCUCCCUUUUUUCUCUCCUCUUUACCCUCAUCCCACAGCCCUCCUCCUUUCCUCACCCUUGUUUGCUUGCCUGCGCUCCCCUCCCCCCGCAUCCUUACUCCCCUGUUCUACUUGUUUACAUUUUGUUGUGCGGUGUAUAAAAAAAGGGGGUGUGUUGUUUUGGUUAUCCCUAAAUAUGUGUGUGUAUAUGUGAAGCCUACAGCAUCGGGAGGUGCAUUUGCGCAUUUUCAACCAUGCGUGUACAUGAACCCCCACGGUCCCCUGCAUGCACUUGCCUCCAGUAAAGCAUGUAGUGAUGUCAUUGACUGUUACUCACACUACAACAGCGAGUCAGAGCUGUCCGUUGGUACUCCGCCCCCCUUAGCUCAGCAACAACACCAACCAGGAGCAGCAGCUUGCUCAGAGUAGAGAGGAUGCUGGGAAUAUGGGAUGACUGGGAGGAGAGGAGAGAGUAAAGUGGGAAGAGCGAACAGAGUGCAUGGAGAUAAGGACUGAGGAUGCUCUGAUAAAUAUUGUCUCCUAGAUAAAUAGUAGCACAGACUUGUUGUUUGUAUAUGGCCAACAGACUUAAGAGUCAAAUUUGUUAUUUUGACCAUUAGUAAUCAGUUCCUAUUUCUCUAUCAUAAAACGUAAACACCUGACUUUGCUCACCUUUACCUCUCAGUGGUUGUUUAAAUGAACCAACAGUAGGGCUUGGACGAUAUGCUUUUCUCCCGAUGCAAUUCAUCUACGAUUUUUUUAUGCUGAUAAGAUUUAAAUUGCAAUUCUACGAUAUUGUCGAUUUUCUCGAUUUUUAGAGAAAGUCGGGAGAAAAGCAUGUCGUCCAAGCCCUAUUGUCUUCUGACUAUUUCAGGAACCAUAAUUUACCCAAAAAAUACACAUCAUAUGUAAGUCAGUUUUUAAGAUUUAUUCUUAAAUUUGAAAAAAAAAACAAAAAACGAUUUUUGAACAAAAAAAAAAAAAAAAAAUUGCUAUACGUAUGUGAAUUGAUUUUCUCUCCCGCCCCCAACCAACGGGCAGCUGUGUGCAAACAUAUACCACUAAAUAGGCCUGGACGAUAUAGAAAAAAAGCAUAUCGAUAAAAAAUAAAUCAUAUUGAUCGAUAUCGAUAAUUAUCGAUAUAAUUAUUAUAAUUAUUUAACAUAUAUUUUAAUUGCAGCCCUGGAUGUUUUAUGCUAUUGCUUAAUGACCUACUUUUAAUAAAGAACACACAAGCACUGAAUUCAAAUUCAAACCUUUAUUCAACCACCUUUUUUAUUUUACCACAACUGAAAGUUUUUUAAAAAAGAACUAAAAAAAAAGAAAUCAACUUAAGUGGCCUGAGUGACGUCAGUAAAUACUGACAAACAUAAAGACUAAAGUGACCAGAAAAUCUGAUAAAUAAAUAUUUAAAUAGUCUUUUGAUGAAAAUAAACAAAACAAACAAAUAUAUAAAUAAACAGAAUAGCUUUAGGUGGGAAUAGCAUACUACCAGUUUUAACUGUGUGGGAAACUGCCCACAGCCUGGUGUCUGAACACUGAAAUAUUUCUCCCGGGGUCGGGAGAUUUUUUUUUUUUUUAAUUAUCAUGUGAUUGACUUAAUACACAAACUAAGCACGAGAAGCAGGACUUAUCCACGCCGGUGUUGUGUCGUAGAAUGCACCCCUGCCGAAUGCACCCCCUGCUAGUAGCCAUGAUCCAAAUACUCGCGUCUUUGUAAAAUAUGAGCUCAUUUGAACGUAUUUCCUCCGCACCCUUCUCACCUUUUCAACCCCUGACCCAUUUUCAUGCCUGAAGCGCUGUGUUUGAGAAAUACUUGCGGCCGGACACUUCAUAUCGCGGGUCGAGAGUGGCUAGAAGCUGUUUGAAGCCAGGCUUUUCAGCGGUAGUUAUUGGCAGUAUGUCCCUCGCUAUGGAGCAUGUUACUGCAUGGGUGAUGUCCUUAUGCCGCUUGGACGCUUUGUCGUAUUUUUGGCAAGAAACGAAGUCCAGUUUGGUCUGCUUCACAUGCUUUGUGCUGGUGCUGGCAGCGGUUCCAGAGGAUUCCUCCUCCGACGACGACGUGGAGCCGCGGCGCGGCCGACACAGCUCGUACUCCUGCGGGUGCGACCGGUUUAGAUGGUAAAACAAGUUGGUUGUGUUACCAGACUUGGUUUUUACUAAUUCUCUGCAAAUUUUGCAAACGACCGCUGUUCGCUUUUUGUCAGACUUGUAAAAACCAAAACAUUGCCAUGCUGGAGAACUACUGAGACCUUUUUUCGGGAUAAUGUCCUCCGCUUCUCCUUGCUGUAUCAUUUUUUCUAAUACACGUGCUGUCUGUUGUGGUUUGAUAGGGGCUGGGCUUGGUGCCGUAGCGUACCUGGGUCUGCGUUUGUGAUUGGUUUGGAGGAAGUAAUGACUGUAGUAAAAGCUACAUGAUAGGCUAUGAUGAAAAAGAAAGGGAAACUGUGUUUUUCUAUCGAACUUUUUAUCGACCCGUUUUUUUUCUAUCGCACCACACGUCUAUCGAUCGAUAUAUAUUGUUAUCGAAUUAUCGUCCAGCACUACCACUAAAUACAGAAUUUCAAGCAACAGAGGCUGAGAGUUUACUGUUCCAGGUAUUAUCUGUUGCCCUGAUGAUUUGGGAAAGGUGAUCACAUUCCUUUUUCAGACGUAAAUUUGAAUAAAAACUUCAAGUAUGGUGGUUUUAACAGAGCUGGUGAAUGGCGAACUUUCAAUAAAAAGCAAAUUUAGGAAUUGAGCUCUUGAACUUAAGGUAUCUGUGCAGAACAGGAUUUGAUGAUGGGGCUGAUCGAGCAUUCACUCCCUUUCUUCCAUUUUCGCAGAGUGUGAAGUGAGCAUACAACAUUCUGAAAUGAUCAGGCAGAUAGUUAUACAAAGGUUUUUGAAUGCCUUAGAACUCUGAGGUGAUGCAAAUCAGAUGUAGUCAUAUGCACACAAUUGCAUGGACUACACUUAGGUAACAGCUGCUCUACAAACUGGGCCAAUGAGAACUCGACUGCAUCUGCACAUGCUGCUAUAAAUAAACAUGAUGAAAUGACACACUCACCUCCACUCUUAAACACACACUGAUUGGAGUAGUGGUACUAAAAAGAUGCUGAAGAUGUUAAUCAUCCUCUUGUGAUGUUUUUUUGUGAGCUUCACUGAGGCAUUUUUAGAUGCAUGUUAACAACACCAUAUUUAGAAACUAGCUUUUAAAAAGUCACAUUUUUGAGUACGCUGUUAUGCAGUAUCGUGAAAAAUCAAGCGCAGCUUAUGGUAUUUAGUUGCAUCUAUUUCUAUUUUUGUUGUAAGAACAUGGCACUUCAUUGAUAAGAUGUGGAAUGUAUCAGGUUAAGAUUGAAGUAUUUGAUUGCUGCCAGGGUAAUGAGGAAUGUGAACUUGUUAGCCCUCAUUAUGACAUUUUUUGCACUCGGGCACCUACAAAAAUUUCAGUUCUAAAAGAGGAAGCAUUUGAAGAAAAACUCAAAUUAAAACUGUGGGUGAAAAAAAAGGUUAAAGGGUCAGGGAUUUUCUCAGGGACUUUCUGACUCUCCUGAGGUGAAACCAGUUGGUCAGAGGCUGUGAGCUGAGCUGCUCAAACUGGCUCUGCUUGUUUCCUGGAGCUUGUCUUGAUUUCUUCAAUAUACCCAAGGAUUUACCCAGACAAACAAUCAGCAGAGUUCUGUCUGUUAAAAAAGACUAUUAUUUGUUCACAUUGACUUUUUUAUGUGACAAAAAUAACUUUAAAGCAUUUUGUUAUGAGUUUCGCAUAAUUAAAGGCGCGGCCCACUUGACUAGCAGGCUUAUGGCUCGCCUUGACUGGCUGGGGGCUGUGAGCUGAGUUGCAGCUGUGGACUCUGUCUCAUCUUGUUUCUAGGAGUGUAACUUGUUUAUCACAUGUAAGAAUUUUCUCAGACAGCUAAAUUAACCGUAGAGGACCCUCUUCAUAGAAAAAGGACCCAAACAAACACAAGAAUUUUUAAGAAUUUAGCCUUCGGGGAUGAAUAAAGCUCUUCUUAUCUUUCUUAACUUAAGCAGUUUCGAUUCAGAACACUGUAUCCCUCUUUAACAGUUUCUCGGCAGCUCAAACAAUGCUGUAUGGGAGUGUAAUCAAACGUAUGUUUCACCCACAUUGAGUUAAAAGCUGUACACUUACAGGGUAUUGUUGUUUUUCUGCAGUUUGAUAGACUUUUAAAUCCAUUUAGUCAUGUUACAAAUUAUUAACUCUAUUUAUUGGAGUUAAAUUUCUCUGUGCAUGAAGAAUAAUUUCUGAUGGGACUUUAUUUUAAUACAACCCACCAGUGUUUUUUUAAGACUUAUGAAGCAUAAUCUUCAAUUUUCUGCUUCUUUGUUUACGCUCUGGCAAGGUAUAAUGGAAAAUAUUACCAAUUAUGAGCUAAGUGUAUGUAUGUCUCAUUUUGUUUCGGUAAAACUGAGACUGAGACUGAAAAAAUGCCAGCUGUGUAUAAUGAGCAUGAUAGCCUCUUAGAGCACAGACCUGUUUUUCUGUUGAGUUUCUUUGCUCUGGCUGUCUCCUCAGUCAAUGCAUGACCAACCACCUUAGCAUCUCUCUGUUCCCUCUGGGCGCAGAAAGCCUGUAGGAUGCGUUAGUCACUGAGUGAGAUUUGCUUGUCUGCAAUAAAAAUUGUCUGUUGUGGUUUGAAACCUCUCCAAAACUGCGGGCAUGUUAUCCCUAAAAACCAAGGAAACAUGAGAGCGCCAGAGCAAGCCAGCAGGCAAAAGUGAGAUUGAAGACAUCAUUAAAGCUCUGAAACCCUGGUCAUCAUCUGAGUCGUACUGCAAAAAAUGACCUGAGUUUUGCACAUUUAGGCCAACUGACAAUUACUAACCAUGAUGGAUGCUGCAAAUUUGACCUUUUAACUGGCCAUCGGGUCUUUCCCUGUAUUUUAGUAUUACUGUUAUAAUGUAUUGUGCAAUUGGUGGUUAAAAAGGAUUCAAAGAUUUAUGGGUGCCUCUGUAUUUUUUUUUAAUAGGAAGAAGCAUUUGGAGGAUUUGGAACAGUUACUGAGCAGAAAAGAAUACAGAGUCCUUCAACCACCACUUCAGGUAAAGUUGUUAUAAAAAGACUUCAGCUCUUCAGAGAAGAACCUUGCUUUUGCCUCAAAAUGCAUGUCUAGUCUAGGUGUCCAUAUUUUCUUGAUAUCCAGUUCUUCUAACCGAUUGCCUUUUUUUCCUGUGGGUUUAUCAGCAGGCCCACCCCAACAGGAAAAGAAGCCCAGAGGUCGUCCUCCAAGAGCCCUCACUGCCCAAAAAGCUGCUGCAAGUCUACCCUCCCCUUCCUCCCUUCCCUCACCCACACAGGCCAAACCUGAGGGCCCUGAAAGGCCAGCUGAAAAGGUAAAAAGGCUGCCUGGAAGGCCACCUGGUACUGGAGAGAAGAGAAGAGGCCGACCCCCAUCUUCAAGUAGCAAGAAAGCUUGGACUACCGGCGGCCAUGCAGCAGGGGAAGAAAUUAGGCCUGCUGGAUCUGAGCUUGGCAUGGACACAGAGGAGGACAGUGACAGAAAGGGUGUCAAGAGGACACCACUGGGCUCUGCUCAGCCACAAGAGACUGAGGCAAAGCUUCCCAAAGGUGUGCGGGGUGAAUCCAAAGUUACCAACCUGAAAAGAUUGAGAGCGACUAAACUUGCUCCUCUCAAGUCACGGCUCAAGACGAUGCCUGGUGUACCCCGACGCAGACGUGGGCGACCGCCCUCAGCUGAGCGUCUCAAAGCUGAGGCAGCAGCUGCUGCUGCUGCUGCUGCUGCACAGCUUUCUACCUCCAUGGAAUCUGGGGAUGGGAAACACAAAGUCUUUAGGGCCAGAGGGGGGGAUAGAUGCACAGAACCACAAACUCCCCAGCCUAUGCUGAGGAAUGUGGAUGGUGCUGAGGACCAGGACUCUUCCAAUCCACCUACUUCCCCAUCCCCCUCUGCGCCAGGUAGGACAGUAGGCCUCAGAAAAAGCCCUCGCCACAGAAAGCCUGUCAGAAUUGUCCCCUCAUCCAAACGCACUGAUGCAACCAUCGCCAAACAGCUGCUGCAGCGUGCAAAGAAAGGAGCACAGAAACGACUGGAGAAGGAAGCCAUCGGGGGGAGCGGACCAGGGGCCAUUGAGGCUGGCAUCAGGAAGACCCAGCUGAAGAACAUCAGGCAGUUCAUCAUGCCUGUGGUCAGCACCGUCUCCCUUCGUAUCAUCAAAACCCCCAAACGUUUCAUUGAAGAUGAGGGCAGCUUUGGGACCCCUCCACCUCACAUGAAGAUUGCACGAUUAGAGGCAACCCCUUCAUCCGUCUCUACAUCUGCUCAACCCACCUCCACCUCCACCACCACCACCCCCUCCCCUGCCCCUGUACUAGCCUCCUCUACACCUGCUGUUACCAGCACUGGUACCACUGCUCCUGUUGACUCCCUCCCCCCUCCGCCACCUCCUGCCCCUACCCCAAGUGCCCCCUCGACAGCUGCCAAUCUGCUCAACAGCAAUACCAACAGCACCAACGCCAAUGGACGGUUUAGCAGCAGCGCGGCAUCUUGUGGCUCGAGCGCAGUAUCGCAGCACUCCUCCCAGCUCUCCUCUGCAGAGUCUUCCAGGUCCAGCAGUCCCAGCUUGGAUGACUCAUCAUGUGACUCCCAGGCUUCUGAGGCCACGCAAGCUUUGUCUGAGCCAGACGACCACUCUCCGUCCUCACAGGGAGAAAGGGAGGCCAACCUGUUGCACAGCUCUCGGCCUCCCUCUCCUCCCUCUGAGCCGGAACCAGAGCACGUGUUGGCAGAGUUGAGUCGGCGUGGCCGGAGAGGACAGGGUGUGGGCCAGGGCGGUCAGAGUCAGAGGGUUAGAGAGACGGUUGGCGCUAAGAAGCCAAUUAUUAGCCCGCCGACAGGUGUGCUGUUGUCCUCCUCUACUCUUGUGAAUUCCCAGCAAGCUUCAUCCACAGCCUCCUCCUCUUCUUCUCCUCCACCUCCCCCUCUCCUUCCUCCACAGCCUCCACAGUCAGCUUCCUCGAAUGUAGCCGCGAUCAGUGAACACCACUCUCAGUCCCCCUGGAUGUCUCAUCUCAUCCCUCCGUUCCUGCCUGGACCGUCAGUUCUGUCCAGCCUGUCAGACAAACGAAGUCGCUCAAUUCUAAGAGAGCCCACCUUCCGCUGGACGUCGCUGUCCCACCCUGAACACCAGUACUUUUCCUCAGCAAAAUACGCCAAGGAGGGCCUCAUCCGCAAGCCCAUAUUUGACAACUUCCGUCCUCCCCCUCUCACCGCAGAGGAUGUAGGGCUGUUACCACAAGGUGGGGCAGGGGGAGCUUCCCCAGUUUCCUUCCCCACACCCGGCAGUGGAGGAGGAACAGGGACACGGCUUUUUGCCCCUCUUCAUACACACACCCAACACCAACAUCCCUCUUCAUCCCGCUUUGAUGCAACACUCCAGAAGCGCAGCCCUCUGCUCCGUGCUCCACGCUUUACACCCAGCGAGGCCCACUCUCGGAUAUUUGAGUCCGUUACCUUACAGUCAUCUUCUGGAAGCAGCCCUGGCUCUCUCUCCCCACACCAGACAUCCUCGAGCUCCAGCAGAGCGUCACGGCGCAGGAGACGACUGGUCUCUGCAACACUACGUGGCAAUCCGAGGUCUCCUUCCCAUUCAAUGACCAGACGCAGCAGUCAAAUAGGAGGACCGAUAUCUGUGGGCAAGGGGUCUGCUGAGAUGUCUGUGCUGUCAGGAUCUGUCUCCACCAGUAACUCCAGCUCUUUGCCAGGGGUUUCUGCAAGUCCUUUAGCCACUAGUGCCUUAACUCCUGCUUCUUUUAGCACCUUCUCCACUGUUUCCCUUGGUCUGGCUCCACAAGGGACACCUGAUAGCAGGAGGGGGGCUUCUGGAAACCCGCCUUCUUUGUCAACUUCAACAUCUUCUUCUUCCCCACUUUUCCCCCUCUUUCCUUCCAGUGCACAGGACACAGGGCGAGGAGCCGGGAAAGGAAGUAAAGACAAAAGCCUGUCAGCUAUCCAGGAAUCUGCACCCAAGGAAAAAGAAAGGGACUCUGAGAAAAACAGAGAGAAAGAGAAGGAGAACAAGAGGGAGGGGAGAAAGGAGCUGGAGAAAAGAGGUAAAAAUUCGACGCCAGAUGGCUCCCCAAAUGCACCUUCCAGUUUGUUUACUGUGGAUGGGAGGGACUCGGAAGAUCCUCAUCUAACUCUUGCUCCAAAAAAGACCCCAGGAAGAAAAAAAUCCACAUCAGUCGACAUGAAUCCUGACACUGCCUCCUCAGAGUUGCGCGGCAUCCACUCCACUGUUCCGAUUUCAAUUGCUAAAGGACGUUUGCCUAAGAAAGGACGACUGUCAGAGAAAGGAGCAGAGAUGGAGGACGGGGAAAAGGAUAAAGAGAAACAGAACGCUCCAAGCCAGCAGAUAGCAAGCCUUCCAGGGCCACCAGGCAGACAGCAGCUCCCGGUUUCCUCUCUUGGACCAGUGUUGGAGCAUGCAGCAGAGAAACAGCCUGUGACUGACAAGCGAGUUGUUGGACUGUUGAAGAAGGCCAAAGCACAGCUCUUUGAGAUCAAGAAGAGUAAGCUGAAGCCUGCAGAUCAGACCAAGGUCCAGGUCAGUCUUCUGCUCGGGUCUUCUGAUUAUGACCCUAUGAUUGUUUUCAUGGAACAUAAGCAGUAUAGUCUCUGUCAGUUUUACAAACAAAAGUGUUUUAGGUAAAAAAAAUCUUUUGAGACCACAGUGAGAUCUGUCGGCACGUUGUGACUUCCUGAUGUUCUGAAACACCAAAAAACAGGCCCACACCUCUGCAACACUCUGCAGGAAGGUACCAGAUUCAGUCAGAUCAAGCCUCAUCCAGCCUGAUGUAUCUUCACUUUUAUAUUAGUACUGCAUCAACGCUUGUAAAUUACGAUAUUUUGACUACCAUAAUAAUAGCCUCUGGUAGAUGACUUUGACAUGAUGCUGUGAAUAUUCACCGAAUCUGUAUGUGAACUCGAUGUGAAACUUCACAAUGGGAAAGUCCCAUACAGGGUGUUGCUCAAGGGGAAUUCUGUUAGCCUCAUACAUUAUGCAGAAAGCAGCGCAGGCAACGCUUUUGAAAGUGUUGUCUUUUGAACAGAUGAGUUGCUCUGUUCUUGGUCUCUUAAUCUAAAGAUUAGAUGAGUAAAGGAAGUCAUUGAACAGUUUUUAGAAGAAAAAAAAGUCCCUGUCUCAGUCAAACACUUCAUAGCAUCUGCCAAACCUCGAGUAUCGACUUUACCCUCUGUCCUUAGCAGCCACAUCAUUAUCAUCGUUGUCCUCUGUGUCCUUAUUUGUCUGGAUAAAUAAGAGUUUUAUAGAAAGACUCACUACAAACAAUAAACAGUCAAAACAACCUACUAGAUUAUCAGUGCUGACAAUUGUAAGAGUGCGUGAUGUCUUUGCUUGAUAUCAUUAAAAGAAAAGCUCUUCAACUUUCAGCAGUUUUUGCCUAUGCUGUCUCACAAACAGGGUCAAGAAAGUGACUCGUCUGAAACCUCGGUCCGUGGUCCACGCAUCAAGCAUGUAUGUCGUCGCGCGGCUGUGGCGCUUGGUAACCGGGCAGUUUUCCCUGACGACAUGCCCACACUUAGUGCCUUGCCCUGGGAGGAAAGAGAAAAAAUCCUAUCUUCUAUGGGGAAUGACGGUGAGAACAUCUCUCAUUUGACCUUUAUAAGGAUAACAACCUCAACCUGAACUUUUAUCAACUGUUAGAUUGAAAGAAUGUAUGAAUAUAUUAAACUUACAGCCUCGCAAAUGAACAGCUGCACGAUACAGAGUGUACUGAGUUUAAUGAUAUGUUUGCAUCUUAACAGAGUCAAUGUAGAGAACUUGAUUGACUCGCUGUAUUUCUGAGAGCUGAGUGCCCGAUGUUCAUAACACAACAUCUGUGUGGGUCCAGAGAAAGAUUGAACAGCAUGCAGCGAUAUCAGGCUAGUCACAGAAGCUCAGGCAUCACUGGAUACAAUAAGUCCACAGAACAGUGAAGUGCAAAAAGAUGGAGUGCGACAUCAAAUAAAUUCCCCUGUCAAUAAACCAGCACCUAAACAGAGUCUGUGACUGUAUUAAUUGAACCUGUGCCUUUCACUUCGAUGAAUUAUUAAUGCGAUGUGUGCUUCACAGACAUUUUCCAAUCCAAUGUGUAAAAGAUAUACUGUUUUAUUUUAUGUGUUUAUGAGGCCAUUUAUUUCUCUUCUUUCAGACAAGUCAUCAGUAGCAGGCUCUGAGGAGGCUGAGCCCCAGUCCCCUCCCAUAAAGCCACGUGAGACUCGCCAAAAGGCUGUCCAAGAAGCCCCUCCCAAGAAGGGGCGUCGGUCGCGGCGCUGUGGCCAGUGCUCAGGCUGCCAGGUUCCGGAGGAUUGUGGCGUUUGUACCAACUGUCUCGAUAAGCCCAAAUUCGGAGGCAGAAACAUCAAAAAGCAAUGCUGCAAGUGAGUAUUAGUUGAUUGUAUUAGUCUUAUAAGACGUGAAUGUGUGAAUUGAUUUUAAUAUGGAGGGAAUUUCUUUUUUUAAGGAUGAGGAAGUGUCAGAAUUUGCAGUGGAUGCCCUCAAAGAUGUUUCUUCAGAAGCAAGGCAAAGGCAAGAAGGACAAGAAAAGGAACAAGUUGCCUGAUAAGAAGGAGGGUCUCAAUCCGGUGAAAAGUUCAAACCCAGAGUCUGGUCCCAAAGCAUCUCCUGCACCGCCAAAGGAGGAGCCUCCCCGCAAAAAGAGUGAAACUCCACCGCUCAAGCUGGUGGAGGAUAAGUCAAGACAGCAGCAGCCAUCUUCAAAGCAUUCAUCCCCAGCCCUCACAUCUUCCCCCGCUCCAGUGGAACCCCCCCAGGCCCCCAGCACAGGCCCAGCACUGACACAGUCUCCAGCACCAACACCCGACACCAAACAGCCCUCUCUUACAAGCAGUGCCACCAGCAAGAAGGGACACAAACUCCAGCAGUCUGUACCGACAUCCUCCUCAUCUUCCUCGUCCUCUUCCUCCUCCUCUACGUCUUCAUCUUCUUCGUCCUCAUCGUCGUCCUCCUCCCCCUCGUCUUCGGCUCAGAAUUCCCCCUCUCAGUUUACGCAGUCUCAUCCACCAUUACAACAGCAGCAACGGCUUCUUACGAAUCAAGCUCCAUCUAAAAAAGACACGUCACCCAAGAUUCUUCAGGGCGAGCCCAAGAAAAAGCCCCAGCAGCACUCAUCGCAACAGCAAAGCUCAACUCCAACAACUUCUGACACAGGUAAAAAAAGAACUGUUCAACUUUUUGUCGUCUCUUAAAAGUCAAUUUAAGUUUACUCCAAUAACAGCAAUUCAGUUCGUAGGUCACCCAUCAUGCUUAGGCGUAAGGUGUCCAUGAAAGGUGUAUAAUAGGAGUUCAGAACAGACCGCCACGUUGACAGCGUCUGGCUGCUCUUACACUCAGUGGAUAUUACUGAUGUCACGAGUCUGUUAUGUAAAAACUACAAUUUGCUGCAGAUGGACUAAAAAAAGGGCAGUGCCCUCUUGCUGUGUUGAUUUAUGCAAACUCAUAAACUUGGCGAUCAGUGUGACUUCAUUCAGGUUUGUACAUAAAAUGAGGUAAAACAUACACCCAGGAUCAGACAGUCGUUAGCAGGUGAGACAGUCUAAGAAGACAUCUGUAAGGUUUCAUAUCUCUAAAUCUGAAUCUCAUAUCUCUACAGAUUAUUUUUAAUCCCUUUUGUUCUGUAUUCACAUAGUGAAAUCAGAUCCUGUUUUGUUGUAUAAAUUACUUUUAAUCCUCUUAGCUCAAAAUAGGUUGAUAUAAUUUAUUUGGUCUUGUGUCUUCUUGUAUAAAUAUUAGUAUCCAUCGGGUCUGUCUGACUCAGCUUGUAAAUAAAGUGUGAAGCACACUGAACUGCAAAUAUAAACGCUCCACCGUCAAUGACAUUUAUUGAUUUAUGACAUGCAAACAGUCAUGAUUCGUCAAUGACGUCAUUCCAACAGCAGGAAUCACACUUCAUCUUUACAGUGGUUUACUUCAACUGUUCUAAUUUGUAAAAUAUGGAAUAAGUUAUGACUUUGCUGCCGUCAUAACUGAUCGUUUGUCAUGCAGGUUGAGAGAGGGCGUAACUUUAAAUGCAGUUGAUGCAAAGAUUUGUGGGUCAUUUUUCCUACUCACCUUUUGAAAAGGAUCGUCCAGUGUAUCCUGUGCUCAGGGGGUAAUAAGAAAAACAAUGCAGCCCCUUUCCUUAUCAUUUCAAGAAUUUCUGUGUUGGUUCAUGUAGUUGGUGACCUUUACCAAAAAGGACAAUUGAAAUGGACUCUGGGUUUUUAGCAGCGUUAAAUCGCAUCCCAGAUUUGACUCCCACCUUUGACCCUUCUUGCCCAUGUAUCUCUUUUUCCUCCCUGUUUCCAUUGUCUUAUAUCCCUAUCGAGGCAUGAGAAAGACCAAAAAAUAAUGUACAAAUUCACAAAGUAAUUUGCCUUUUUAAGGGAAGAUUUUUUCCACAGUUUUAGACCAUAAAACAGAAAAGCAGCCUCACAAUCCUCUCUGUUUCACGGGCUUGUAAAAAGGCAGACAGCAGAAGAUCUUUAAAUAAGUUAAAUGAAAGUCUAUUGAAAGGGAAAGUCAAUAGAUAAUGUCUCUAUAAAUGACUUGAAACACUUUUUAAAAAAUGGUCAAACACAGACAGAGCCAGUGUGAUGGUGUUAGCAGAGGUACUCUCUUUUCUGUAGGAGCCAAAGUCCUGUCUACAGUUUUCUAAAUGGUCAUAUAGUGAUUUAAUGUGACUUUUUCCAGACUCUUUAGAUUAUUAGAUAUAUACUUGACCUGAGCAAUAAAUCAGCAUUUUUUGCCUGGAAUUAAAUUGGAUUUCAAAAGUUCUUCUUACAAUGUUCCUCCACUAGAAGAAUGGCUUUGUGGGCUGGUUAGCUGCUAUCAGUGUAUUAUCUGUUUAAGGACAGGAACUGAUUAUUAUACUCUCAGCUUUUGUAACUACGGGUAAAAGUUCCUUUUUUGUACAUUUUAUGAAAUCUCCUGAAGGCCGUCUUAUUCAGUGAUUCAUAUAAAAAGAACACAGAGCUGGAAUUUUCUGGCAAAGAAAAGGGGAUGGAUGUUUGCUUGUGUAUUAUCUGUAAAAUACAAUAUUUAAUGUGGUGAUGUCUUUGUUGCUAGGAGGGAGCUUUAAAAGAAGAGAAAAAAGUCGUCUAUUCAUUACCUAACUCUUUGUUCGGAUGGUACAUCCCUUUUUUUUCACAGUUGAAUCAAAACAGAUGAAGAAGCCAACUUCUCGCUCUGUUCCUCCAUCUCCCAAACAGAGAGCAAAAGACAAGGUAGGAAGAAAUCACAGUAGGACUUCAAUCCAAUCGUUUUUUAAGCCUAAUUAGAAAUUUGGAUGCCAAGUGUUUUGACAAUGUUUGAUCUCUAAAAUUUUCCCUCUGUUGUUCUCAUCUUGUCUUCUUAAAGCAGCCGCUGACCACUAAAUCCCCCAGCAGCAGUACUUUAAACUGGCUGGGCACUCCCUCGACUAGGGGCCAGACCAAGUCCAGAGCGCCCUGCGACGGAGUGCAUCGAAUCAGAGUGGAUUUCAAGAGGGACCAUGAUGUUGAGAAGGUGUGGGAGGCUGGUGGCCUCAGCCUGCUCACCUCUGUGCCUGUCACGCCCAGGGUGCUCUGCUUCUUGUGUGCGAGCAGCGGAAAUGUUGAGGUAAAAACUUUGUGAAUUUCCCAGUUUGGGAUCAAUAAAGUAUAUCUAUCUAUCUAAAAACGUCCGUCGUGAUUAAAAUAUUUGCUUUGAAACUUAACUACAGUGAGCUGACAGUCUUAACCCUCCCCCCUUUUUUUGUCUUCCUUUAGUUUGUCUUCUGCCAGGUGUGCUGUGAACCCUUCCAUCUCUUUUGCCUGGGGGAGUCAGAGCGCCCUCUCCGGGAGCAGUUUGAGAACUGGUGUUGUAAAAGAUGCAAAUUCUGCCAGGCCUGUGGACGCCAGCAUCAGAAAACUGAAGUAAGCCAUUCAGCCGGGCUCUGUGCGUUUUAAAAGCUGUCCACAAAAGAAGCUUAGUGUCGAGUGACAGUGUGCAAAGGCUUGAGAAUCUUCUUUUGAAAGGCGCUAGCUAGCUUUGCCAGCAGACAGCACUUAAUCAGCUUCUUGGCUCCCUGCCACGAUUUUAUUAUCUAUCUCAAGUCCUGUGUAAAAUUUGCAUGGUGUGAGGCUUGAAUGGUUGUCAGUGCAGAAUUAUGCAUAAACAUAUUUAGGGUUUUGAACAAAUUAAAACGCCUGUUUGGUUGUUUUGUCUUGUUGACACAUCAUUAUGCUUUGUAUAUUGUUGGUUACUGGACAGUGGAAACAGACAGACAUGGAGCGAGAAAUAAUCCUCCAUCCAGAGACCAUUGAGUCAUUUAUUACUUGGACUGGCUUUUAUCUCUGACUAAAGAACUGUCUAAACAGCUGCAGGUCUUAAACUCUCUGAUUCAUAUCCUGGCCUUUAAAGCGUGAAAUAGUCAGUCAGUCAGAAAUCCUGCUUCAAGACACUGGCCUUAAAUUUAAACGAUCGACCUUUUAUUUUCUUUACUGAUUGAAACUUUUUUUUGCUUUUUGUCGCCAUAGCAGCAGCUGCUAGAGUGUGAUAAGUGCCGAAACAGCUAUCACCCGGAGUGCCUGGGUCCCAACUACCCCACCAGACCCACAAAGAAAAAGAGAGUCUGGGUAUGAACACACUCCAGUCUUUAUUUACACUUCUCUAUAACCUCUCACCUCUUUGUAGCUGUGAGAGCCUGCCCUGUGCCUGUCCGAACUUUGGCUUGACACUCACCUUUCUUUUAGUUCACUUCUAUUUUCUGCUUUCUUCUUUGUGCAUCUUGUUUUCGUAGGCCCCCGUUUUCAAUCAUCUUUUACAAAGCCCUUUAUUUCAGUUACAUUUUGAGGCUUUUAUGACCUUGUCUGGAGAGGAUAGGAUAAUGAAUAGAGCAGGAAACCAGAAGAGAGAGGAGAGUGACGUAGGGGAAUGUGUCCCAAUCAUGAGACCAAACCAGUACCUUACUGCUCUAACGUGUUAAACAAAUGCUUUUUAUUUUGCAUGUAGUUGUUUAUCAUUUCUAUAUUGUUUUUUUAGGUUUGCACCAAGUGUGUGCGCUGUAAGAGUUGUGGGGCCACCAAACCUGGGAAAUCCUGGGACGCCCAGUGGUCACACGACUUCUCCAUGUGUCAUGACUGUGCCAAACUCUUUGCAAAAGGUAAGUGAGAAGCAUUCAGAGCCGUGUGAGGGUUUGUUAAGAGACCGACCUUUGAUUUUGAGGUUUUAUGAAAACUUUUAACUCCUGUCUGUAUUUAAACUUAUCCUCUGUCAGGAAACUUCUGCCCCUUGUGUGAUAAGUGCUACGACGACGAUGACUAUGACAGCAAAAUGAUGGAGUGUGGCCGCUGCAACCACUGGGUUCAUGCGAAGUGUGAGAAUCUGACAGGUCAGUUUUCAGGCACGAGUUGACUGUAUGUUCUUCAUAAAUCGAGCUCUUUAUGCUACAUUAUCAUCACUUGUUGGACUCCUUUUGUCUCGUCAGUCGUCAGUGUGUGUGCCGCUGACUGACAGGCUCUCCUGUACACACUGUCACGCUGAAGAGAGACAGAAAAACAUAAUAAUGGGAGCAGUGAUGACCUGUCAUGUUUCGCCUGUCAUCCAGAUGAAAUGUACGAGCUGCUAUCAAAGCUGCCAGAGAGUGUUGCCUACACGUGUACCAAAUGCACCGACCACCAUCCAGCUGAGUGGCGGACGGCGCUGGAGAGGGAGCUUCAGGGCUGCAUUCGUCACGUCCUCACUGCACUGCUCAACUCACGCACAUCCUCACACCUGCUGCGCUAUAAACAGGUUAGAUUCACACACUGUUGCUCCUUUUUUGUGAUUUCAAAUGUAAUAGGACUCAUUUCAGAUGUUUGUCAAGUUUUAGCAUGGUUAGAUUUUCAUUCUCACAGCAGUUGUGUACUGUGUCUUUUAGGUACAGCAGUCAUAAAUAGAAAUUAAAAUAUGAUGAAUGCCCCAAGCCAAACUAAUCUCUGUGUCCGACACGCUGGCUUUUGUACAGGCAGUGAAGCCUCCAGAGCUGAACCCUGAGACAGAGGAGAGUCUUCCAUCCCGGCGCUCUCCAGAGGGCCCAGAUCCUCCAGUUCUGACAGAGGUCACCCCGACACCUCCCAGUGACUCUCCUCCAGACCUGGAGUCCGUUCAAAAAAAGAUGGAUCAAGGCCGCUACAAUUCAGUGGUAAGAGUGUCUGAAUAAAAGCAACAUCCCUGCUGUUUAAACCAAUGGAACCUGGUGCAGUUUUAUACUGCCAGCAGUGUGGCAUCAUUUUCUUUGAUUAAAACGCAGUCUUUGUCUGUUUUCAUAACUGAAUAUUUAAGUGAGGACCUGAACUCGAGGUGUGUCAGAAGUGGUGAUGUGUUAAUGUUGCAUUAACAGUAUCAGCUGUAAGAUAAAACAACAUGAUGCAAAAGCCACUUGCUUUGCAAAACUGGCAGUUUUCUGUUUCUGUGACAUUCAGUGGCUUUUCUGCCCCACAGAGAAGCUCAGUGUAUUUUCACAGACUGCCUAUUAUGUGAUGUUUAAUUUUCCUAAUUUUGGUCCAUCAACCAGUCAGAGUCUUUAUCUGUGCUCAUCUGACCUUAAAGAGCAGUGGGAGCGCAGCUUAGCCUGAGCUGCAUGUUAAAAGAAGCUAAAACAUCAGCUUUCCUUGUUUUAUUCAAUGUGUCUGUUUUAUCAUUGUUUUCAAUUAAAACUACUUUCGGUAUCAAACUGUAAUUUAGUCUUCAAAAACUCUUGUCCUGAAGAUCAGUCUCAAAAAGGGGGUCAUCUUCUAAUCAUCCUUUAUUUGUGUCAAUGUUUUUGCACUAUGAUUAAUCACAUGUUCCAGAUGAUGUUUUAAACAUCAUUUAAAGCUCUCACAAAGUUGUCUGAAUACGUUUAAAAACACUCCUAAAGUAGAUUUUUUUCAUGGUAGACUUUAGUUUUCUCUGUGUCCCGUUCUCUUAAAGCUGCUGUUCUGUUUAUGAAAUAUAAUGAUCAAUUAAAACAGACACCUACUGUGACAAAUCACUGUAUUAAUGAUUCCUUCUUGCAUUUCUCUCUCAGCUGGAGUUCAGUGAUGAUAUUGUACGGGUCAUUCAGACAGCCAUCAACAGUGAUGGAGGCCAGCCUGAGAGCAGGAAAGCAAACAGCAUGGUCAAGUCUUUCUUCAUUCGGGUAAGAACCUCUAAAAAAAAUGAACAAAGAGCCACUCCAUACUUGAUUAAAAUGUUGAAGUUUUUCUCUCUUUAGAAAGUUCUCUAAAGAAAGUUUUUUUUGUUUUGUUUAAUAAAGGUUUAUUAUGCGGGCAUCUUGAUGCUUUACAUGGUUUACAAGGCUCUACAUGCUUAAGAAGAUAUCUGAAAAUAAUUAGAAGACCGAGUUCAUUGAAAGAUUAAGCUAUAAAUGAACAAGAUCUAAAAAGUGAAACUAUAAAAUAAUUCCGGCUUCCAUCGUUCGUCAUUCUCGAACAGCUGGCUCUCCUUGACAAACUUAAAAAGACACAGUGAGUUUCAGGAAGUGCCCCUUCAGUUGAUUCAGUUGGUUUGUUGUCAACAGUAUGUGUUAAUUAUUAUCAAUCCCUACAUUAUCACCGUUUAGAAAUCCUAAACUGCACCCGUAUGUGUUCGUCUUAUACACACUUUUUGCCACUCAGUGCAUCUUAAAGACUCAGGUGUUAGCAUUAGCCAAGUACAGGGGCAGUUUUGCUAAUGUGUCGAAUGUUUCCUGUUUCAGCAAAUGGAGCGACUCUUCCCCUGGUUCAAAGUGAAGGAGUCAAGGUUCUGGGAACGGCAAAACGUCUCUAAGUAAGUGGUCAUUACGAUGGGAUUACUGUUCACUGAUCAUUUUCUCAAACUUCCCUGGCAGAUUAGUCCACUUAAGUAAGCAAUCAUGUAACCUUUACUACUGUUUCUACAUUAUCUUUAAGAUUUCAUGUGAAUAUUUGAUGGUUUUUCUGAAAAUCCCAUAGAUUUGUGGACUUAUUUCAGUAGCUUGAAUGACAGAUUUAUUGAUAUUUAGAUUUUAAAAUCAGGCUAUAGUACAGGACAUGAAGUUAAAUAAAAUCACAAGCAAAUAUGAACAGUAUUAGAAAUGUAAUAUUCAAUCUCUGUCCUUUAGCAGGCAGUGUUGUCAAUCUUACUCUAAGGUUUAUGAUGUGAUUUUAUUUUCUAAACUCGGGCUGCAAAGUUAUGUCUGUAAUAACGGAGAAGAAAAUUAGAAUUUAAUACUCUGGUAAUAUGAACCCGACCAAAGAUCACGGAGAAGUCAUGCAGUUUUUCGAAGAACAUAAGGUCUGUAAUUACCGAACAGACAAGUAAGAUGUGGUUUAUCUGGAAGACUCGGCCGUCAUCUGAGAGAAUGAAAGCAGUGAACUAAUAUUUAUAAAAUGUGUGGGCAGACUGUCAAACAGCUUUUGAGUAGAAAUAGUGGAAAUAACAGCCAAAAGCAAGAUCAGCAUAUCUUUUCAGAUCAUUUUCACUUUUGGGUGGUUGGCACAUAGGAAAUGCAACUAAAUCACUCUCUGUGCCACAACAUUUACAACCAAGUGACAGAAGAUGAGGAAAAUGGUGACAAAGAGGAGUAGAUGGAGGAAGAGUAUUUCUUGUCAAUUUUCCUGAGCUUGAUUUGUUGUUCUCUAUUAAAGCUCAUGAUAAGGUGGAGAUCUGAGUGUGAAAAAGCUUUUUCUAGUUUCUCAGUAAUAGAGUGAAUUAAAGAGGACUGGAGGCUCUGGUGAAAUAUUCACUCAGCACUGCAGUUUGUCAAAGAAAGCUUUGGAAGAAACUUUGUGUUUUGUCUAGUUCACAGUCUUUUGCAUCAAUGACUCAUAAUGGAAUUACCACAUUGAAUAAUCUGUGCUUUUUAGGGUAAACAAAAAAACUUAACACUUUAUACGCGGAAUUUCCUCAAGGCUCAUUCUGUGCCAAAUGUCUGCUCUUGUAUUUAACAGCAGGCUGUUACUGAUCUGCAUACUGAAUCCUCUCUUAUAUUUAGCUCUUGGCUUUCCCACACCAUUUAGUCUGCCUAUUCUCCAGUCAUUGUGGGAGGCAAAUCAUAACAGAGUCACAUUUCACUUGAAGGCUCUCUGAUACGUAUUUGUGGUCUAAUUGUGGUUUACUUGUCAGUUUGGUCUAUUGCGUUAUGUAUCAGUGCUCCAAUCCAGGAACCCAAUGAUCCAUCUGGUUGAUCUUUGGGCCAUUAUCGGUUGGAUGCCUGUUAAGAUGUCUCUGAUGGCUUAUUAAGGAUGAGACUUCACAUCAAACUAAUUAUGUAGGCUUGCUUCUCUGGCAAAACAUAUGUGGACAAAGCUCUGGGAUGUGAUGGUUCAGCAUCGCUUACUUAUUGAACUUAUUGUACUUAAAUUAGCUAAACAUCUGAAUAGUUGUGUUGUAUAAAUCAUCACCCCUUAGAUCUGUUAUCAAAGCUGUCUGUUAAUCAUCUUUCUUUGGGACGCUGUGUUCUUGAAGACUUGUACAGUACAAACUCUCUUCCAGCAGUUUUGUUUGUGAGGAAGCCCUGACGAGUUGAUCACAGAGUGCAACAGAGUUUCGCAGCUCAAGGAAGAACAUUUAUGAUCAUUAUGCAAUUGGACCAAGAUGCUAGCGCAGAAGAACUUCCAUGUCUGCAGUGUAAAAUGAUUAAUAUGCUGAUUAUUACUUCUUGGAAAUGAUCUGCUGCACUCAGUGAUCGACUCGUCAGGGCUCCCCCACAAACAAGUGGCUGCUGGGGGAGAGUAGGUGAGUUGUGUUUGGUCUCUUUGUUUAAGAAAUCAGGCAAAGCUAAAAAGAUGUUUGGUGGCUGGUGCUAUGGCUGGGACCCUAUAUGUACUGUUGAUGAAGUUAGGUGCUGUUCUGAGCAUUAUUUGUGGCUAUAGAGUGGCGUUUUGGUUGAUGUUUGUUUAUGGCUCCUCAGACCACUGUGUAUUGCUCUCUGCGGUUGUUACUAAAGUUGGUAUAACUAGAGAAGCAAGCAGUCGGCAACAUUCAUCUCUCAAGGGGGUGUCUAACUCUAACCUUGAAUUAAUUUUAUGCCGCAAUAUCCCUUUAAGGUUUCUUAAACUUGUACUUUCAUUCGAAGGCUUUGUGGAUUUUAACACCAGUGCUUUGGAAACCAAGCAGUCAGCAGUUUACUGAACCAUUCUUAUCACUAAUUGAAUGUCUAUUAAUCUCGACUCUCUGUUGUUUCCCAGCAGUGGGCUCCUCCCAAACGCUGUGCUGCCUCCAUCUCUCGACCACAACUACGCCCAGUGGCAGGAGAGACAGGAGCUCUCCCGUGCCGAGCACCCUCACCCCAUGAAAAAGAUCAUUCCAGCACCCCGACCCAAGACCCCUGGUGAACCAGAUUCGCCAGCUUCCUCUCCUUCCCUACCACCAUCUCUGCCCCCUCCUCCUCCCCUCUUAUCAGGCAAGACAUUUGCCCAAUAUGUUCUUUAAUGCAGUGUUUUAACAUUUUCUCACUGAUAGAUUCAACUUACACUUUCACUUUCGCUGCUUUUUCUUCAGAUCGUGAAGACACCCCGGAGCUCCCCCCUCCACCAGGCAUCAGUGAUAACAGGCAAUGUGUUCUCUGUCUAAAGUAUGGAGACGAGAACACAAAUGUAAGUCAGAAAUCUGCUCGUUCUCUUUGUUACGCUCAUAAGAAAGUCCUUGUGUCUCAUGGAAGAUGGCGGUUUGUUUCAGGAGGGCGGCAGGCUGCUGUACAUCGGUCAGAACGAGUGGACGCAUGUCAACUGUGCGCUGUGGUCUGCUGAGGUGUUUGAGGACGACGACGGCUCGCUGAAGAAUGUUCAUAUGGCUGUUCUCAGGGGAAAACAGCUGGUAAGAUUCUCUCUCCCAUUACAAGUCCCCAGUCUAUCCGAAAUGUUGAUCUCUCUGACAGACAUCUCCAACCUCUCGUACUUCAUUAACAGUGCUGUGAGAAAUGUCAGAAGCCGGGGGCCACAGUUGGCUGCUGCCUCACAUCCUGCUCCAGCAACUACCACUUCAUGUGCGCCCGCCAGUGCCACUGCGUCUUCCUAGAGGACAAGAAAGUCUACUGUCCAAAGCACCGGGAUCUCAUCAAGGGAGAAGUGAGACACACAUAGUUGUAAUUCUAUGUACGAAAAGUGCUGAAACCUUGUUGCUUUGUUUUUCCUCACCCUCGCUUUAAACAUGAUUUUUUUUUCAGGUGGUGUCUGGAUUCGAGGUGACCCGCAGGAUCCUGGUAGAUCUUGAGGGAAUUAGUCUCAGGAGAAAGUGGUUAGCAGGACUGGAGCCUGAAAAUGUCCACAUGAUGAUCGGUAGGCUGAUUGCUAGAUUUUUAUUCAUGUGUAUAUUUCCUUUGAUCUACUCUCUGUGCGUCUUUUGAGCUUUGACUGGAAAAAUAAAAUCAUUGCAGGUUCGAUGACCAUUGAUUGUUUGGGGAUCCUGACUGAGCUCUCGGACUGCAAACGCAAACUCUUCCCUGUAGGAUACCAGUAAGUUUUAUUUUUACCUUUUCAUCCAUCUGUAAAGUCUUUGCUUGCUAUUUAAAGUGCCUCUAUCUCAUUUUCUGCUCAGCUAACCACUAGAGGAAAUUGAAAAUGUCAAUUCCAUUAAGUCAAACUUGAUAAAUGAUCUUCUCUCCAGGUGUUCAAGAGUGUAUUGGAGUACUCUAGAUGCCCGUAAGCGCUGCGUGUACACCUGUAAGAUCCUGGUUUGUCAUCCUCCGGUGGUAGAAUCUGACCUAAAAGACAUGAUGGCCCCUGAGGAGAAUCGCACAAUAGCACACAGUCCCACCAUAGCAGGUAACCUACGGAAUCCAGUGGUUUGAUAAUGUGACAGUGUCUCAUUUUGUGUUAAACUCAGCUGCAUGUUAAUUCACUUCUUCCUUCUUUCAUGUUUCAGAUUUCCCCGAUCCAUUUGAGUCCCCAAGGCGCUCUGACACCCUCUCACCUUCUAACACCCCCAAGCUCAGGGUUUACACCAGGAAUAGACAUCCCAGCUACCCUCCCUGUCAGCGUUCACUAGGCCCCAGACCCAUGCCCUCUCCAGGUAGGAAUAUGUAGUUUCUAUUUUAUAGAAUUCAGCUUUAGAUCACAUAUUUUUUGAUAUUUCUUUUGCAGUUCUGACCUUCUGUAAAGUUGUCUAAGCUUUGAUUUCAUUCCAUUUUACAGGAGGAACCUCUCAGCCUCAAAGCCAUGAAGUUGUGACUGUAGGAGACUCCCUGGUCAACUCCAGCAUGCGGAGCAUUGAUUCACGUCGCCACAGCUCCCCGUCUCUCUCUCCACCUCCUCACCAGCUGAACAGGCAGAGAGGAAUGACCUCUCCAACACAGAUUACGUCACGUCACCUCACCUCACCCCCACCCCUCAUCCCCUCCCCUGCCAGGGAUCCCGAAAGGUCCAAACAUCUCAGCAAAGAUUCAGCAAAGAACCCGGUCAUUCGAGACGAAGAAAGAGGCAGACUGUUCUCCACGGACAGGAACAGAUCACAAUCAUCCAGGGACCAGGGGUCCAGAGGCGUAGACAAGGGGAGGAAUUUGAGUCAAGACCCGGCAGCAAAGGAUUCAGACAAAUACAGAUCUUCCAGAGAACUCGUGCAGAAGGACUCUGACAAAGACACAAUACCAGCCAAAGAGCCAGAGAAGAAGAGGCCAUCAAAUAAAGACUCAGGUCUGAAAGACUCAGAGAGAGGAAGAGCUCUCAGUAGAGAUCCCUUAAGAGAUUCAGAAAAGGGGAGACAAGCAAACAGAGACUCUGCAAAGGGGAGACAAACAAGCAGAGAGUCGAGCAAUAGAGACACGGAUAAGAACAAAUCGUUUUCCAAGGAUUUGGAAAAAUCUCGGUCACUCAGUAGAGAUACAGGUCUAAGGGACUCUGAGAAGCAUCGACAAUACAGCAGGGAAACAGGAAAAGACUCAGGUCAAAGUAAAGACAGACUAUCCAGCAGAGACUCUGAAAAGAGCAGGCCCCCCUCUAGAGAUCCCAGUCAUAGAAGCACAGAGAAAAACAAAGACUCUGGCUCAGGGAAGGAGAGUCAUCCUGGCAGUCAGUCCAAACAGGCUGGAGGUGAGAGUAAAAACCCGAGACUGGCACCUGCAGGCUCAGGUCAGUCCUCACCUCCUGUGGGCACUGCUGUUCUCACAGCACAGCAGAGAGGCAGCAGCAGCAGCGCCAAGCAAGUAGACAAGCAAGGCAAACAUGGCAGCAAAGACCAGGAUGUUACGCAGUCUCGACACAGGUCCACCCCCACCUCCAACAUUAUUCAGUCUAAGGACAAGCCCAGCUCAGGGAAGGAGAGUAGUAGCGGCACUGGAAACAUAACCCCAUCCUCACUUCAUAAAGACUCUGUAGGUGGGAAAUCUGGUUCCCUACAGGCAUCAUUCCAGAAGUCAAAUGCACGCAAAUCAAAUGAUUACUCAUCGGGUUCAGCAGCAGCAGCAGCUUUGAAGCCACUGUGGCAGUCAAGGACACCAACAGAAGAGGAUGUUGCGAAGCGAGGCUCCAUGCACCUUCCCUCCCCAGCUGCAGCCUCAGCCGCCAAAGACAAACACCCCAAAGUAAAGACGGCAGGCAGCAGAGAGGUGUCCAAAGACCGCGAACGAGAGAAGAGCCUCCAAAACAGCAACAGCACCAACAAAAUCCCUCUUCUCAACAACAACACAAAAGCUACGGGCAGCUCCAACACCCACGCUGCGAACCCCAGCUCCCACAACAGCAGUAACAGCAAAGCUCCAGUGCUUGGAAACAGCACCAAAGCUCAUGGGAAGGCUCAGGGGGAGAAGCAGGAGAACCAGGGAGGGGACAGAUCGUCUUCAAAGAGCAGGGAGAACUACUCCUGUCCCGAGAGGAAGAACAGCUCCAAUUUGGACAACAUGCAGCAGUUGCAGCAGGGAGGUGUGAUUCCAGACACAAGGGUGAAGACCUCCUCCCAGUCUCACACCAAACCCACAAGUAACCAGGUCCCCAGAGAGAAAAAGAAAUCCAGUAAACCCCUCACUGCGAAUCCUCUUAAGAGUGACAUCAAGACUGACCCUAAUGGAACUAGCACUGUUGGUAUUUCUUCCUCCUGCCCCGCCACCACCCCUACCUCCACUGUCACACCCACCAGCCAGGGGACCCGUCGCUCUGCGCUCUUUUCCUCACCUUCUGCCAGCAGCAGCGACAGCUCUGAAUCCGACACCCCGGCUCAGACAGAGGAAGACGAUCCGCGCAAAGAGCGCUCGCGCAACGAGCUCCGAGAUCACCACAGCCUCCUCGCUCAGGGCGCCGAGGACAAAGGCGACGGCCCGGAAGACGACCACGAUAGAGGAAUGGAUGACAAACAUUGCGAGGAUGACAGCGACGGGUCAGGGUCAGCUAAGAGGCGUUAUCCUCGCCGCAGUGCCCGGGCUCGCUCCAACAUGUUUUUCGGUCUCACUCCAUUCUAUGCUGUUCGCUCGUACGGCGAGGAGGAUCUUCCUUUCUACAGCAGCGGGGACGCACCCGGAGCCGUGAUCAAGAGGAGGACUGGUGGCCGUAAGAAGUCGGCCGAGGGGCAGGUGGAUGGGGCGGACGAUAUGAGUACUACCUCUUCCUCAGGGGACAGUGGGGAGGAUGAAGACAGUGGAAUGAAACACAGAGGUAAAGACCCUUACUACUACAACUUCACCAGGACAAUAAUUAACCCUGGUGAUGGUCUGCCAUCCAUAGAGGGGAUAGAUCAGUGUCUAGGCAGAGGAUCCCAACUCCAGCGCUUCCUAAAAGAUGAGGAGCAGCAGCAGCAGAGAGCUCAAGAAAAGCCUGAAGAGGACAUGCUGAGUGCUCUGUAAGUAGACACAGUUACUAAUCAAAAGUAAAAGCCAGAAGUUUAUUUUUAUCGAUUUUUGUUGUCUCUUGUAACCUAACGCUUUGUUUUUUUUGUGUGUUCACCAGGACUUUGGGCAAGCCGCACAUCGGCCAGCUAGACGGUGUUGACGAUGGCUCGGAGAGCGACACCAGCAUCUGCACAACGAGCACCACAACCACCACAGCGACCUCCUCGUCCAACCCACACAAGAGCACGCCAAGGAGAAGGGGUAGAGAAAGGCACACGGAGAAAUCGGACUCUCACGACACAAGCAAAGAGGCUGACAACAGUGGCGGAGCAGUGAGCGGGAAUACAAGAGAGGGCAGAAAGAACCAGAAGGAAAACUGUCUUCCUCUAGGAGGUGGGGUCAAGUCCCAGCCACAGGCUCAAGGUCAGGAUCCUCUGGAGGCCCAGCUGUCUCUCAGCACCGACUUGCUGAAAUCAGACUCCGACAACAACAACAGUGACGACUGUGGGAACAUUUUGCCGUCGGACAUCAUGGAGUUUGUCCUCAACACACCUUCCAUGUCGAUGCAGGCCCUGGGUCAGCAGUCUGAGCCAUCUUCCUCUGAGCUGCUGCUGGAUGACGGCUACGUUGGAGUGGAUGUCAACCGGCCUAAAGACAUCCUUUUUGAGGAUUUUUCCCAACCUCUGCCCAGCUCAGAGAGCGGAGGUGUGGUGGAGAGCAGCGUGAACAGCUCCAUAUCUGUAGAAGAGCCGUAUCUUCCUCUGGAGCUGCCCUCUGACCUCUCUGUGCUGACCACACGUAGCCCGACUGUCAGCACCAGUCAGAACCACACCGCCGCUGGGAGUCUUAUCUCGGAUACCUCAGAUCGGACUAUGCUGGGUUUGACCUCUGACCCUGACACAAUCAGCGGAGAGAAGAGUGGAGACAAGAAAAGAGCAGGGGCGGACGUGUCGCCGUCAGAGAACCAGCAUGAUGCUGCUACUUUGGGAAACAGGGAUACACAGGUCAAAGAAGGUCACAUGACCCCAGAGCAGUUUAUUCCCAGCCCUGCCAUUGGCCAGGUGAUUGAAGCAGGUAACCAGGAUGUUCCCAGGAAUUCCAGUACGCCUGGUUUGCCGAGUUCUCCUUCUCUGCAACUUCAGGGUCAGAAAUACCUCCCAGCAUCAGCUGUAGCUGCAGGCAGUCCCAGUCCUGUUGCUGGCCCAGGACCAUCCCAGACCCAGGUUUCCAGUCCAGCAGUCAUCAAACCAGGCCCUGAUAAGCUGAUUGUUGUCAAUCAACAGUUCCAGCCUCUCUAUGUCCUCCAGACAGUCCCGAAUGGGGUCACACAAAAAAUUAGUGCAGCAGGAGUGAUGGACGCCGGCUCUCCUGCCAUGCUGAGUCCAAUGACGCUCACCACAGGGUUAACUACAGGUUUAUCCACGGCCCAGCCCAUAUUUUCUACGUGCGGUAAAGUCCUGGGCACCAUGUCACACCCCUCUCAGAUCCACACCUUCACAGGUGCCACACAGGCCAGCUUCCAGACAGGAAUCCCGAGCACCACCUCUGGGCUUCUCAUAGGCCUGCCCUCACAGCCUCACGACCAGUCCCAGAUUCUAGUCUCAGAAGCUGGACGACCACAUGAGCUGGGCCCAAAUGUGGCCAUCGUGUCCAGUCCCUCUACCCUCACCUCCUCUCCAGCAGCACUCGCCUCAGCUCACGGCAAGAAGAGGCCCAUUUCUCGUCUUCAGCCCAGAAAGAGCAAGAAGUUGGCUCGCUCCCGUAGCCAGCCUACUCUGGCUCCGUCUGAGGUGGCGCCCCCCAACAUGACCCUUAUCAACCUGUCCUCCCCUCAGAUUACUGCCAGUAUCCCUGGGCAGCCUGGCAGCUUAGUAGAGUUAGGCACUCUCUCAGCUUCCCAACGUAAGGUUCCCAAUAUCAUCAAGAGACCUAAAUCAGGUGGGGUUAUGUACCUUGAGCCAACAACUCUUCUCCAGCAGAGAAUAUCAGGUACCCCCCAGCCCGGUAUCUUAGGUCAUGAUUCCUCCACUCACAUCCUACCCUGCUCUGUCUCUGGUCUUAACCCCACUCAGUCUGUUUUGAAUGUAGUGUCUGUGCCCCCUAGUGGUGCCGCAGGCCUUCUCGCACCAGGCUCAGUGUCUCUCUCCACCCCAGUCCUCAGCUCUGCAGAGAUCACAGGGCCCAUUAGCAACCUCCUCUUUAAAGCCAGUCCACAUGGCCUGGGCCUGUCUGAUCAGCCAAUGGUCCUUCAGUCAGCUGGGGGAGCCCCUCUGAUGUCACAGCUCGGCUCCACCGUGCAGACUUCCAUAGCCAGCAGCAUCUGCGUCCUGCCCUCCCAACAGACCAUCAGCAUGGCUGUCAACCAGCACGGAGAAACAGACGGCAGCCACUUACAGCAUCACUCCCAGCCUGUUAACAGAGCCCAGGCGGUGGACUCCGGUCCAAACACCACGGUUACUCUAGCCCCCAGCCCCACCACCCCUCUGAGCCCCACCAAGGGACACGUUGUUGGAGUGUUUACUCAAACCUCUGCACACUCACAGAGCAGCAGAACCACUCCUAUUUCCAAACUAUCAGAACAGAGGCAUUCUAACUCUGCAACAUCAGCCGCAGUUUCUGGAUCAGAAAAAGGCAAACAGAAAACAAAGAGAAGCAGGCAGACUUCAGACACAAGCAGCGGGAAGAAGCUCAAAGCCUCCCUGGCAGAGGAGCAUCACAGCAACCCUGCAGGACGACUACACUCAAACCUAAGGUGAGCUGCCUCAGAUCUUCUGUCGGGUUUUGGCGUUAGAGUAAACAACAGGAGUUAAAUUAUUAUAUUUUCUGAGCUUUAUUAAGUUUUUUUUUUUGUUUUGUUAAAUAAGCUACCAUGUAUGUACUGUAAAUUUUGUUUCUGUUGUUGUUUCUUUUCCCUCUUUUUCUCUCUCUUAUUUUUAUUUUAUUUUAUUUAUUUAUUUAUUUAUUUUGGGAUUGAUGUUGCUCCUGGGACAAGGGUGGGGGCAAUGGGUAUGGAUGUAAUGAGAUAAAGCAAAAAGAAAGAAAGAAAAAAGUUGAUCACAAAAAAAAGUUUUUAUAAAUGCCUUCAAAGCAUUGACUCACAAGGUCUGAUUUUAGAGCUUUUUUUCUUUUUCUUUUACUAUUUUUUAAUUUAAGGUCACCUGUGUAGAGAUUCCUCCAAGAAUGCAACGUCUGAAAAUGCAAUAACAGGAUAGACUAUAUUCUGUAUUCAUGAGGUUCAUGUCAAGUUUGGUUUAGGUGCAUACAAGGGAAUUUUCUCACACUAUCCUUAUGUUUAUACUUCCAUUCUUCUCUUUUUAUUGCCAGCAGUUCCAAAGAGCUGAGCUCCCCUGAACCCAUGGACACUGGCAAGCCACCAGACAAAGCAGCAAACAAGAGGUGAGAAGUCGUUCUCAUUUUAACAACUUGUUUUGUUUUGUUUUUUUAUUACAAACUAUGUAAAAGAAUUCUUAAACUUACUUCCAAUCUCUUUCAGCAUACUUGGUAAAAAGAAGUCAUCUGAGGGUCCUGUUUUGCCUGGAAAAGUAGUGGGAAAGGACAAAUCAUCCGCAGCAGGGGGAGCAGGGUCUCUACCUGUGGCUUCACCACCUGACCAGGAUGGCAACAGCAGGGACACUGCCUUGGAUAGCAAACCCAAGAAAGGCAUCAUCUUUGAAAUCUGCAGCGAGGAUGGGUUCCACAUCCGCUGUGAGAGUAUAGAGGGUGAGAUCAAAAGACUGAGAGUUACCAAAUGUGUUAUGUUGAUAUAUGUAUGAUUAUUAACUCUUUGGUAAAGGCCAUGAUGUUUUCUUCUUUAGAUAACUGUAAAGUGUAGCAGGUUGUAUGAAGGAUACUGCAUAUGGCUGCUUGCUUUGCAAAGAAUCGGCGCCCUUUCUGUUUAUUAAGUAUUAAUGAUUGAAACAGAAAUCAUUAUGUACAUAACAGCUGUAAAUAACUCAUGUAUAUAUCUUUAUUUAUAUCCUUUAACUCCUAACUUUCUUCAUUCUUGAAUUUCCCUUGUAUUUAUUGCUGCUGUAAAUUUGGAAUUUCCCCUUAUGGGACUUAUUGCAGCAUAGAUGAGUAGGACAUGCAUGCAUGUAAUGCUGAAAAAAAUUAGAAUAUGUUGUGUCGAUAUUUGAGUGUGUAAAAUACUCAGCUGCCCCUUCUGUCAUCCUACAGAGGCCUGGAAGUCCGUGACUGAUAAGGUGCAGGAAGCUCGCUCCAAUGCACAACUCAAAGAGCUCUCUUUUGAAGGUGAGGGGUUUGAUCACACUAGCAAAGACUAAUAGAUAUGAUGUCCCAUCGUUUUAAUGUGUCUUUUACUUUCUAAUAGUUUACUAAUGAUCUUCAUGAUAUUUAUUAAAACAUUGAUUGGUAAAUAAAAAAUGAUGAAUCAUGGAUGUGCUUCUUUCCUUCUCCAAGGUGUGAAUGGUCUACGGAUGCUGGGAGUCGUCCAUGAGGCUGUGGUCUUCCUACUGGAGCAGCUGUACGGCUCCAGGCACUGCAGGAGUUACCGUUUCCGCUUCCACAAACCAGAGGAAACCGAUGAACCUCCCAUCAACCCCCACGGAUCAGCUCGUGCAGAGGUCAACCACAGGUCCGUAGACUUCAUCACACUCGCACACAAAAUGUCUACAAAUUCAAGCCUUUCCUUACGUCGACCUCUCUGGAUCCUGUGUGACUCUUAUCUCUUUCUGCGUUUCAGGAGGUCAGUAUUUGACAUGUUCAAUUUUUUGGCCUCGAAACACCGCCAGCCCCCUGAGUACAGGCCGCAAGAGGAAGAUGAUGAUGAAGGGCAGCUCAGAUCUGCCAGGUUAGUUACGAAACAAUGUAACUUGCUUCUCCCAGGAAAAAUAAAGAAUCAACCAUCACAAUAUGUUCCUUUAUUUUGUUGUGUGUGCAGGCGGGCCUCCACAGAGCUUCCCCUGACUGAGAGAUUCAAACAGCUCAAGACUACGUCGAAAGAAACAGUCGGAGUCUUCAGGUGAGAGCUGCUGUUUACUUUUUAUAUGUUCUGCUUUUGUUGUCAGUAACUUACAGAUCUGUUGAUUGUCGUUGUUGUUGAUAAUGUGCGCAGGUCUCCCAUUCAUGGCCGGGGUCUGUUCUGCAAGAAAACCAUCGACGCUGGAGAGAUGGUCAUUGAAUACUCUGGAAAUGUCAUUCGGUCUGUGCUCACUGACAAACGGGAGAAAUAUUAUGAUGGAAAGGUGAGAACUAAAUGCUCUUUCAGGUGGAGAAAUAAUUACCUCAGGUCUAAGUCCCACAGCAACCGAUGCAGAUAGAGAGGUGAUGUGUGGACAUGAGUCUGAUCCAGUAACUUGUAAUUAUAAGUUUUUUUGUUCAUGUCAAUCAACCUGUCUUUCUUCCUCAAAGGGAAUUGGCUGUUACAUGUUUCGCAUCGAUGACUAUGAGGUGGUAGAUGCCACAGUGCACGGCAACGCUGCCCGCUUCAUCAACCACUCCUGUGAGCCCAACUGCUACUCUCGUGUCAUCACGGUGGACGGCCAGAAGCAUAUCGUCAUCUUUGCCUCACGUCGCAUCUUCUGUGGAGAGGAGCUCACCUACGACUACAAGUUCCCCAUCGAGGACGCCAGCAACAAGCUGCCCUGCAACUGCGGAGCAAAGAGGUGUCGCAAGUUCCUCAACUGACACUUGAUUCGAGAAAUGAUAUAAAGAGAUGAAUGCAGGUCUGUUGAGCAGCAGUGCCACAGUGUUUUAAGGGGACUCCAUGUGGGGGUCCCCUGUGGCUUUAUGCUGGUUUUUCCAGGCCUGAUCCGCAGAGGACAGAACAUGGCCGGAGCUCUGUCAGCGUUUCUGCUGCCAGUGGAGGAGAACACAGCAGAGACAGUUGUCAAAGUGUAAAUACAGGACAGGCCAUUUUGGAGGAGGGGCCAUUUGUAAAAUUCCAACAUAUUGUGCCUCCUUUUGUCUCAUUUACAUUUGGUAUGGAAAGUUCCACCUUUCAAGGUGUGCAAUGAAACGGUCUGAGCCUUCACAACAUUGCAAUAUUAACUCUUAUUUACAUUUGGGUUCUUCGGUUACCCUUUCCUACUGUUUUUACAUUGGCCCAUCCUCCUCCAUGAUCUCAAAUAUGUUAUGAUCCACUAUUGCUGAGAUGUGAACAAAAAAAAAUCAAAGAACUUGGUUCCAUUUUACACCAAAGUGCAAUUUGUCGAAGGGAUUUGAAAGAGUAAUUUUACAAGAAAGAAAAAUUAGAACCUUGAAUUUUUUUAAGUCUCAGUGUCAGCUGUUAUUGAUGCACAUCUCCUUGUCUGAAUGUGCCCUGAUGCCUUCAGAGCCAUUGUAAUUUGGUGGAAUCUUCCCCCUAACCGGGCUUUUAGAAAAAAAGCCGAGGACACUGUAAAUAGAAGCUGCUUUAACAGGCUGGUAAGAACUGAACAGGUGGAAACACUAGAGGAAGCAGUGGCCACAGAGACAGAGAGAAAAGAGGGGGUCGAAAUGAAGAUUCGUUCGUGAAAUAUAACGAGGUUAGGUUAAUUUUAAGAUUGAUACCAACUGUUGUCCUCAAAUGGACUCGUAGUCAGACAGCUUGGUAGCUAUGUAGACGUGUUAUUGUUGAAUUAAGCUUCUGGCCUGAAAGAGCGAGGCAGCUAGAGACUCUGGUGGACUGACAGCCGGUGGGACUGAAGAACCCUACUGAUGUGCUUUAGUAGACAUAUUUGUAAUUAAUUUUUGGGGCUGUUAUCCUGUAACAGCUGUGGAUCUGAUGAACACGUGUCUGUGCAUGCUGUUGUUAUUAUCCAUCUUGUUAUCGGUAAUGGUAUAAGCUUGGGCUUCUAAGUCAUAUUCCAAAUUACAGCAGCGAAAAGAACCAAACAACUCACCCUUGAAUUGAAUUUCACAAAGCUUGAUUUCUUCUUGGCCUGUUUUGAUAACCAUUACUAUGGAUUUUUUUCUUUUUUGUAUUAAGUCUUUUAAAAUCUGUUAUCUGUCUUUUUUAUUAUGGACAGGGAAAUAUCAUGCUUGAUUUAAAAAAAAAAAACAAAUGUAAAUAAUGUAUAUUUUUCUACAAAAAGACUUAAAAAGCACUCACUAGUGAAUAGCACUUAAUAAUGGUAUUUAUAUUUUUUAAAAAUCGUAUUUAUUUUAUUGCCAUUUUUGUAGGAAAUAGAGGUUUACAAACACUAAUGCUUUGUCUCUGUUUUGUAUCCCGCUGCCUUUUUAAAGUUUUUUUUUUUUUUUUUUUUUUUUUCUUUUCUUUUUAAUUUUUUAAUUUCUAGCCUGAAUGUUUUCUUUGAUUCCAAAGACUGACACUGGUCUGUGGCUUGGUCCCCUUUUGGUUCAGUCCACCAGUAGCUCUUUUAUCUAUCCCAGGCCAUUGGGUCAGAGCUGACAGGUUCUUAUUUUGUUGUUCCAGUUCUUGCUGACAGUUUUGGCAGUUCAUGUGAACUACUAUUAUGCACUUGAGAGAGUUUAGAUUGUUGAUCCAGAGCAGAUAUCUCCUCUCUCCAGCCUUAUCGUCUCCACACCACAUCAAGCCAAGAAUCAAGUAUGCUAAAAGACAGUGACGUCAAGAUUAUCAGGUUUUCCUUGUCACUAUUUGAACAUUUUCAACAGGUAUACAGCCGAUUGGCACGUGUUAAAAUGAAACAGGAGUCUCUACAGUUUUAAUUUGUUUUGUUCCUCUAAAGACUUGGUUUUUAAUUAAAAGGUGCCUUUAUUUUAAUCUUACCAACAUACAUCCAUAGCCAACCUGUUCAUUAGGAAAACAACACAUUACCCUGGUGAAAACUCUUCUUUCUCACCCUCAUUUGGAAAACACUUUUUCUUUUCUGAUUGAGUUUCCUCUCGGUUCACCUCAGUUGUAAACAACUCCUCACUGUAACAAGCCUUCACAUCCAGGACAGACUGUUUGGAUUGACUGGUUCCACUAAAUUAAUCUGCUAUAGUCCUUUUUUAAUUACUCUAUCAUCUGCUGUUCAUAGUGAUUUUGUUUUUCCCUAACGGCAGUCAGCACUCACUUGCACACUGCUCCUCAUUGUUGUGAACUGAAACCAGAGGUGGUUUUGCACUUCUGCUAUGACACAGGCACUGAAUAGACAUAGGAAAACUCUGCUCUUUCUCCAGACAGAUGCAACCUCAACGCCAAAACCACAAGCACACAAAGUCACUGAGAAAGUUUGUGCAUGAGGCCCUGAUAGAAAUACUGAACUCGACCUGGAUUGAUUUUGGAUAACCUACGAAAAAAAAGCAAACAGGCUCUCGCAAAGUGCACUUGACUUUCUUUUUCUGCUACGAAGUAAAGGCAGGGACCACACCAGCAGUCCGUUCCUUCCUGAAGGUGCAGUGUGUUCAAACCUCUGCUGUGUUUUUCCAUUUAGGGGCCCUAGACCACAUCUCUGGGACCCCUCUUGAUAACUGACAGGCCAGCGGCUUGGUUGUGCAACUGCACCUGCAUUGGGCUUGCUGGGUUCUGCUGCUAAGGUCAACAAUGAAUGUAUAUUCCUCCUCUGCAUCAUCAGACGUGAUGAUGCAGUUUCUUUGUCAGCCACAUUUUUUCAUUUUUUUCAGUUCUUGUGUCAACUUGUAGAUACGACCUCAAGCUGGACGGCAGCAGCAGUUUAAGCACUGAGAAUAUUACAGAAGUGUGAACAGCGGUGGCGUUUCUGUCUGUAGGACAUCUGGUUCGUUCUGGGUUCGCUCAACACUUCACGCUAGCAUCGGUAACAACACUUAAACUGAUGCAAAGGGCUCUGUCUACAACUCACUUCUUGAGAUCCACUUCUGAUGAGGGUCAGAGGGUUCAGUGAUCAAUAACUCAUUAGUUUCUCUGAUAUACAAUAAGGGAAUGGUGUCAGUUGUUUCUUUGGACUUCAUUUUACCACGUCACACCAGUGGCCCUUCUCCGUCAUUCUCUGUAAUUAUAGUAUAAAUACAUGACAAUAUUAUACGGAAUCAUGCAUAGCAAUUUCUUGUACUUUAGUAUCUAUACAAUAUAUGGAAUGGACAGACAAACUUAGUUACAGUAGCAAAACAGCAGAUUUAUAAUGGUUAAUAGCAAUGUUUCAAUGUACUCUAUAAUGGUUUUGUGUUACAGUACUAUCAGAUGAAACUAACGUGCAUCAUUCUUUUGUAUAUUGAUAUCCAGUUCCAAUUUUGCCGUGCCUGCGUGCGCUUCUUCGUCAAUAAGGAGCGCUGCAGAUUUUCUUCAUUUAUUUUCUGGAAAGGAACGGUUUUAUGUGGUAAGAAACGUAACUGUAUUAAUGUGGUUGUGAACUUUCUUGGGGUCAGGCGUUUUGUUUUUUUGUUUUACUUCUCCCCUCUGGUUGUUGUAGUGAAUGUUUUUCUGUUUUUUUUUUUUUGUUUGUUUGUUUGUUUUUUAAAUUUUUGUACGUUUUAACAGGGACUUUUUAGACGGCUUACUUGAUGUGCUACAAUUAAAGAGUUUGGUUUGUGGAGACUGAACAGAAAGAUCCCACCAAAAUGGCGUUUCUCGUUUUGGAAAAAACCUCUCAUGUCUGCCAGACCGCUUCUCUCUCUCUCUCUCUCCUCUGAAGCUUUUGUUGUACUUAUCAUGUACUGUUUUUAUAGAAAGUCAUAAUGCUGAUGUUGAAAACAUUUAAUUUAUUUAUUUUGUGCAGCAUCCACCCAGAAUUGUUCUUUUACAAGUCAAGGUUUGGGAGAGAUCAGACGAGUACAUUGGUGUUUGUAAUUUUCUAAUUGUUUCUUGUGUACAGAAGUUAUCAGUCUAGGAUGGGAUGUUCUGUCACAGAGGGGGCGGAUGGUAGGAAGAAGGAAAGAGAGGGAUCAUAGAUCAUGGACAGGCUCAUUUCUUAUGCCUUGAAUACCUUUGUCUUAUCAAUAUUCCUCCUGCUCUCUGUAAUAAUGGUAUCCGUGAGUUCAACAGUCAUACUUUCUCCAGUUUAAACAGUGUUCUUUCAGUACACAAUAACAAAAUGAAGGAAAACCACAACAGUGAAAAUGAACCACAAACUACUUGGUUGAAUGUAUAAUUAGGAAACAAAGUUGUACAUACGUGUAAAAAGAAAAGUUUCUAAUCAUGUUUAUUUUCUAUGCACUUUUUUAUUUAAGUGAUAGUUUAAAUAAUAAACAUGUCUCCUUUAUGCUUUUG